AGGUGGCCCAGGGGAGGCGGCAUCUCGGCGGCGAGCAGUCGGCGGCUGCCCGUGGUGGCAGGACCGGGUCCCGGGUUCGAGCCGGAUCCCCGGGAGAGGGUGAGUGUGGCGGAGGCCGCGGGAGGGUGCCCUCCCGGAAGUCACCUGGAAGGAUGCGGCCGCGGGCGGCGCAGGAAUGGCCGCGCGCUGCAGGAGGUGGAUAGGAGCGCCCGCUGCCUCCGGACCGGUCGAUGCCCGCCUUCGAGGGAGAGACCUUUAUAUGCCCAUCUUCCAAAUGAGGAAACAGGCUCAGAGAGAGCAGCUGAUUCCUGGGGAAUCCGACAUUAUGCUAUGACAACAUUCUCCUCUUCCCACCACCGUUGGUCUUAAAUCAGUCAGAUCAUUGGAAUCGCGGACAGCCCCUCCCUGGAGGCCUAUAUCAAGGUCUGUGCUGAACAUAGGAACAUGCAGAAUUGUGGUGAAUCGGCACGACCAUCUUUUGAUGGCAACGGUCUCAGCAUCUCCAUUCUCCAGAUGGGGAAACUGAGGCCCGGGAGUAGCUAAGUGACUUGCUGGACACAGGGAACGUCCAGAUUCACCCCCCAGCCAAGCCAGCUGUCAAGAGCAUGCCUCUGUGCCAUGGGGGGGCCACCGCCGGGACCAGCAAGCCCGAUGGGGACGAAACUCAGCUCACAGCCAUCACAGGAGGCCUGAAGGUGUUCCUGCACUGGGCUGGCCCUGGCAGCAGGGAGCCCUGGGUUACUUUCAGCGAGGCCACACUGACCGCAGAGGAGGUCUGCAUUCACAUCGCACACAAAGUCGGCAUCACUCCACCCUGUUUCAAUCUCUUUGCCCUCUUUGAUGCCCAGGCCCAGGUCUGGCUGCCCCCAAACCACAUUUUUGAGGUCUCCAGAGACACAAACUUGACGCUGCACUUCCGCAUGAGGUUUUAUUUCCGCAACUGGCAUGGCACAAAUCCUCAGGAGCCAGCUGUGUACCGCUGCAGGCCCCCAGGGGCCGAGGCUUCGUCAGAACAGGCAGAGCAGGGGGUGCAACUCCUGGACCCAGCCUCCUUUGAGUACCUCUUUGAGCAGGGCAAGCACGAGUUUGUGAAUGAUGUGGCAUCGCUGUGGGAGCUGUCGAGUGAGGAGGAGAUCCACCACUUUAAGAACGAGAGCCUGGGCAUGGCCUUUCUGCACCUCUGUCACCUGGCUCUCUGCCGCGGUGUUCCCCUGGAGAAGGUGGCCAAGAAGACCAGCUUCAAGGACUGUAUCCCGCGCUCUUUCCGGCAACAGAUCCAGCAGUACAAUGCGUUCACACGGCUACGCCUGCGGAUCAUCUUCCGCAAGUUCCUGCACGCCUUCCAGCCGGACAGCCUUUCCCAGCACAUAGUCAUGGUCAAGUACCUGGCCACACUCGAGCGGCUGGCACCCCGCUUCGGCACGGAGCGUGUGCCUGUGUGCCACCUGGAGCUGCUAGCCCAGGCCGAGGGGGAGCCCUGCUAUAUCCAGGACAGUGCACAGGCCCCUGGAGAUCCCAAGCCCAAGUCUGCGGUCGAACCGCCCACCCACGAGGUGCUGGUGACCGGCAAUGGCGGCAUCCAGUGGCGGCCAAUACAGACAGAGGUGCUGGGUUUCCAGGGUCCCGGUGGUGGUGACGGUGGCAGCAGCAGGAAUCCUCAUGCUGGCUUCUCUGGGAAGAAAGCCAAGGCCCAGCAGCAGGGCGGCCAGCCCGUGGACAGGCCGCGGGAUGCGCCGUGGGCCUACUUCUGUGACUUCCGGGACAUCACCCAUGUGGUGCUGAGAGGACGCCACGUCAGCAUCCACUGUCAGGACAAGCGCCUGGAGCUGACCCUGCCUUCCCCGGCCAUCGCCCUGUCCUUGGUGUCACUGGUGGACGGCUAUUUCCGCCUGACGGCCGACUCGAACCACUACCUGUGCCACGAGGUGGCUCCUCCACGGCUGGUGAUGAGCAUCCAGGACGGUGUCCACGGACCCCUGCUGGAUCCAUUUGUGCUGGCCAAGAUGCAGCGCGAGGAUGGCCUCUACCUUAUCCACUGGAGCACCAGCCACUUCAACCGCCUCAUCCUCACGGUGGCCCAGCAGGACCAGGCACCCGGCACGCCGCGUUUGCGCCUGUGGAAGUUCCCCAUUGAGCUGUGUGAGGGCACCUUCCGGCUGCAGAGCUGGGACCGGUCCUUCCCCAGCGUGCGGGAGCUGCGGGCUGCCCUGCAGGGCUGCUCACUGCGGGCCGGUGACCACUGCUUCUCCCUGCGCCACUGCUGCCUGCCGCAGCCAGGAGAGAUCUCCAACCUCAUCAUCAUGCGGGGGCCUCAAGCCAGCGCCCGGUCUCUCAACCUCAGCCAGCUCAGCUUCCACCGGGUCUGCCAGGAUGACCUCACCCAGCUGUCCCACUUGGGCCAGGGCACGAGGACCAAUGUGUAUGAGGGCCUCUUGAGAGUUGGGGGCGGAGGCCCUGAGGAGGACAAAGCAUAUGUUGGGGACCCCACCUUGCCCAGCGGGGGCCAUGGGCAGGAGCUGCGAGUGGUGCUGAAGGUGUUAGACACUAGUCACCAUGACAUCGCCCUGGCUUUCUACGAGACGGCCAGCCUCAUGAGCCAGGUGUCCCACGUGCACCUGACCUUCGUCCAUGGUGUCUGCGUGCACGGCUCUCAAAAUAUCAUGGUGACAGAGUACGUGGAGCAUGGACCCCUGGACGUGUGGCUGCGGCGGGAGAGGGGCCGUGUGCCCGUGGCCUGGAAGGUGGCAGUGGCCCAGCAGCUGGCCAGUGCCCUCAGCUACCUGGAGGACAAGCGCCUGGCUCAUGGUAACGUGUGUGGCCGGAACAUCCUGCUGGCACGUCUAGGGCUGGCGGAGGGCACCAGCCCAUUCAUCAAACUGAGCGACCCUGGCAUGGGCCUGGGCGCCCUCUCCAGGGAGGAGCGGGUAGAGCGGAUCCCCUGGAUGGCCCCCGAGUGCCUGUUUGGUGGGGCCAACAGCCUCAGCACCGCCGCUGACAAGUGGGGCUUCGGUGCCACCCUCCUGGAGAUCUGCUUCGAUGGGGAGGCCCCCCUGCAGGACCGCAGCCCAGCCGAGAAGGAGUACUUCUACCAGAAGCAGCACCAGCUGCCUGAACCCUCAUGCCCGGAGCUAGCCACGCUCACCAGCCAGUGCCUGACCUAUGAGCCGGCUCAGCGGCCUUCCUUCCGCACCAUCCUUCGUGACCUCACUCACCUUCAGCCCCAAAAUCUUGUUGAAAUCUUGUGUGUGAAUCCAACCUCGCCAGCGUCAGACCCCACAGUUUUCCACAAGCGCUACUUGAAGAAGAUCCGGGAUCUGGGUGAGGGUCACUUUGGCAAGGUCAGCCUGUACUGCUAUGACCCGACCAAUGAAGGUACCGGCGAGAUGGUGGCCGUGAAGGCUCUCAAGGCGGACUGCGGCCCUCAGCUUCGCACCAGCUGGAGGCGGGAGAUCGACAUCCUGCGCACGCUCUACCACGAGCACAUCGUCAAGUACAAGGGCUGCUGUGAGGACCAAGGCGAGAAAUCGGUCCAGCUUGUCAUGGAGUACGUGCCUCUGGGCAGCCUCCGAGACUACCUGCCCCGGCACCACGUAGGGCUGGCCCAGCUGCUGCUGUUCGCCCAGCAGAUCUGCGAGGGCAUGGCCUACCUGCACACCCAGCACUAUGUCCACCGAGACCUGGCUGCCCGCAACGUGCUGCUGGACAACGACAGGCUGGUCAAGAUCGGGGACUUUGGCCUCGCCAAGGCCGUGCCCGAAGGCCACGACUACUACCGCGUGCGCGAGGAUGGGGACAGCCCCGUGUUCUGGUACGCUCCUGAGUGUCUGAAGGAGUGUAAGUUCUACUAUGCGUCCGAUGUCUGGUCCUUUGGAGUCACCAUGUAUGAACUGCUGACCUACUGUGACUCCAGCCAAAGCCCCCCCUCGAAAUUCAUCGAGCUCAUAGGCCUCACCCAGGGGCAGAUGACCGUACUGAGGCUCACUGAGCUGCUGGAACGAGGGGAGAGGCUGCCACGGCCAGAGAAAUGUCCCCAUGAGAUCUAUGUCCUCAUGAAGAACUGCUGGGAGGCAGAGGCCUCAUUUCGCCCAACCUUCCAGAACCUCAUACCCAUCCUGAAAACGGCCCACGAGAAGUACCAGGGCCAGGCCCCCUCGGUGUUCAGUGUCGGCUAAAGCCUGCCAGCAGCUCUGCUUCCGGGAGUCGAGCAGGUAGUACCCACGGAGAGGGCCUCCCGCGUCUGCCCAGGGAGACGUUGGCUUCACCCACUGCCCAUGUGUUACCCCCUGAGACCCCAGGUCUGGGACCUGACUCUCCUUGUCUUCAUCCAUCCACGCUGUCCUAACAGUGCCAUAGGCCGGGUGGCCUAUACACAACAGAAAUUUAUUUCUCACAGUUCUGGGCUCUGGGAAGUCAACGCUCAAGAUGCCAGCAUUGUUACACGUGGGCGAAGGGCCUCCUCCUGAUUCCUAGCCUGCGCCUUCGCACUGCGCCCUCUCCAGGUGGGAGGGGCAAGGGGUCUUUCUGGAGCCUGUUGUAUAUGGGCACUAAUCCCACUCAUGAGGGACCUUCGCACCUCCCGAAGACCCACCUCCUAAUACCAUCACAUCGGGCAUUGGGGUUUCAGCGCCUGAAUCUUGAAGGGACUUAAACAUUCAAGCCAUAGGAUCCUCCACAGCCAUAGCCUUCCACAGGCUCUGGAGAGACCCAGGACCAACAAGGAGCUAAUCAGUCCCUUGAAUCCAACCCUCAUGCCUUCCCCCAGCCCCGCCCUGGGAGCCCACCAUCUCCACUAGCGAGUAAUAAACUCGUUUCCUCUGCCGGGGACUCUGGUCUUUGGGUCCUUCUUCAGCAAGUGCCUGCUCUUCUGGGGACCGCAGCUGCAGUGAGACACGACGGGAGAAACCACAUGCGACUGUUCAACCUUUGCUCACCUCUAGAUCCCCAGUGCCAGGGAUGCAGAAGGCGCCCAAUAACUACUUGUUAUAUAUCCCAACAAAGGAUUGGGGGGGCCACAUGGCCACAUGCCACUUCGGUAAGACUGCCAGUUUCACCCUUUCCUCCCUGUGCGACCUCAGGCGAGUGACCUUCCUUAUCUGGGCCUCCGUUCUCAACUGUGAGCUGGGGAUGGUCACGCCUGCUGUCUCGGAGGACGAAUGUAAAGAGAUUGUGUAUGUCGAGUGCUUAGCUGAGAGAUAUGCAAACAACUACUUAAUAAACAGUUGAUCUUGUUAA